AUGGCAUCUAAGCGAGCAGAUUUACAGCGACAGAUCGAGGACCUGCAAGCUAGAGCCGAGUCGAUGGCGAAAGAAACCGCAAAUCUCGAAGCGACCGUAGAGGAGGGCUUAGAAGAAUACAAUACCAGGAACGCCAUUUAUGCCCAAUACAAAUACCACACACAGCAACAGCUGCACAAGUUCAGCUGCGAUAUCGCCGAUUCAACCUUGACGAUCGAACGUAUGAGGGAUCCCGAGAGAAAAGCGAUUUCGACAGCUCAGCUUGCGAAAUUCAAAGCCGAGUAUGCUAGUGCAUAUGCCAAAAUAAUGGAGGGCGACAACAGGGCCGAGGAAGCCAUGCGCGAUCAUCUUCGUAGUCUGAAAAAAGCAAGGAAGAGCUUGGUUGGCGGACGAGCGACUGAGCAAAGCCUGCGGUUCAGAGUUAAAGAAUUGAAGGAGGAGCAACAAUCCUUAGACAGGAAAAGUCUGAGCUGGCUGGGUCGGAUUCGGAGAAGACUGAAGAACCCCCUAAAGAAAAGAGGUAAAUAG